ACCCGAUUGUACCUAAGACCACCUCAUUGUUUAUUUGGCUUAAGCAAUGGCAUCUAUCUUCUCCUUCCAGUUUUAACUGCAAGAAUUUGGAGCAGCUUCCAAUGUUGGAAGAGAGAAAGGUAAGCUCCAUCCAUCACUCACUGUGACACUGUUUCAAAUGUUAAAAAUAUUUCGCAUGCUGGCCCUCCUAUCCCACUGCAACGAUGCUCGCAAACUUGACCAAAUACACGCUCAGAUCCUCACCGACGGCUGCUUCGCCAUUCCCGCAAUUUCAAACAAGCUUUUGAACUCUUACGCCCGCUUCAAUGCCCUGCGUUUAUCUCAAAUCCUCUUCCACCAAAUCAAGAACCCCGUAACCAUUCACUGGAACUCUAUAAUCAAAGCAUUUUCUCACGGCCCUAAUGCUCUACAAGCUGUCAAAUGCUACAAUCGCAUGGCUUCUUGCCACUCUUCUCUCCCCAAUAGCAUCACUUUCUCCUCUGUGCUUGUAGCGUGUGGGAGAAUUAAUGCUGGAAAUAAGUGUAUGGAGAUUCAUGGGUCAACGAUACGGUCUGGAUUCGGAUCGGAUGUGGUUGUCUGCACCAAUUUGAUUCGGUGUUACGCUGCUUUUGGGGAAUUGGGUAGUAUGCGGAAGGUGUUCGAUGAAAUGACUGAGAGAAACUUGGUCGCUUGGAAUUCGCUGAUUUCAUGCUGUUCCCAGAUGGGUUUUCAUCGUGAGGCAUUGAUGUUGUUCGAUGAAAUGAAGAGUGGUGGUGUUGGUUUUGAUGGAUUCAGCCUCGUUAGCUUGCUCUCUGCUUGUGCUGAUGCAGGUGCUCUCGGCAUCGGCGUGGAGCUGCAUAGACUCGGGAGGGAGAAGGGAUUGAUGGAUAAUGUUUAUCUGGGAAAUGCACUCAUUGAUAUGUAUGCCAAAUGCGGCAGCUUAGACGAGGCGCUCCUCGUCUUCAACGGGAUGAAAGAGAGGGACAUCUUCUCGUGGAACUCGAUCAUAGUCGGCUAUGGGGUGCACGGAUUUGGCGACAGAGCAAUUUCACUAUUCAAGAAAAUGCUGCCUGCUGGAGUGAAGCCAGACUCUAUCACGUUUCUUGGAUUGCUAUGCGGCUGCAGUCACCAAGGGUUGGUGCAAAAUGGUGUCGAUUACUUUGAGACGAUGAGCUCAGAAUUCGGGCUGAAACCGGAUGUGAAGCACUACGGAUGCAUUGUUGAUUUGUAUGGGCGUGCCGGGAAGCUAAGCAGAGCACGUGAGGUUAUCGAGAGCUCUCCAUUUAGCGACAGCGCAGUGCUGUGGCGCACGUUUCUAGCUUCGUCUAGGAUGCAUAAGGACGUGUGCAACGGGGAGAAGGCGUUGGAGAAGUUGAAGGAACUUGGAGCUUUGAAAGCAGGGGACUGCAUACUUGUAGCUGGGAUAUAUGGCGAGGCUAGAGACCUUAAAGGGGUGGCAAGAAUGAGGAGAAUGAUCAAAUAUGGCGGCCUCACGGCCACUCCGAGCUCGAGUUGGAUUGAAAUCAACGGCCGAAUCCAUAAGUUUGUUGCGAAUGAUGCUUCUCGUCUUGAUUUUGAGGAAAUGUAUUGCAGAUUACAGGAGAUGGUCCGUGAGGCCAGUGUUGCUGAAUCUGAGUUUGAGCAGCUUCAAGUAGUACUGUAAAUGAACAGAGCUACUCACAAGCUAUUCGAGAUUCGACUCGGAAAAAGCUCGUUCGAUAGUAAACAAGCCGAGCUCGAGCCUGACAGCACUCGGCUCGCGAACAUAUUCGGAUUCGAUUGUUCGCGAACAUGUCUGCGAGCUUGUGCAUGAACCUUUAAUCGAGCUAGUACACGAGCCUUAAACGACACCAACUCGAGCUUGAGUAACAUAUUAAUUAAGAAGUUUUUUCUAAAUUC